AUGUUUUCUAGCAGUGGGAACACAAAGAAGCUGUCGCUGGGCGAUGAGAUCAAUUACAUCACAGCUUCGCUUCAUCAUGAACUUAACAUGAUCAUUAUGAGCCGGCUGCCGCUGGGCUUGAAGAAUCCCAAGGCAUUCCAUGAAGGCCUCACAUCAUUCUCCAUCCUUUACUCCAGCUUCGAAUCUGCCCUUGACUCUCAUAUUCGUAACCCUUCAACACCUUCCCGUACUCGAGCUAUCCUGGAGCAUGUCUACAUCCCGGCUGUCCACCGUGCAGCUACUUUCGAGGCCGACCUGAAGAAGUACUCUCCUUCAUCCGAAAAGGACGAGCUAACAAAAGGCACACCUGCUCGCGCCCAUGUUCUCAAUCAUAUCCGUCGGGCCACGACCGAGACUCCUCACGUGCUUCUCGCGUACUGUCACUGCCUCUACAUGGCCCUUUUCGCUGGUGGCCAGCACAUCAAAGCGGCCAUAGCCCGUUCUGCCGUUCGAAAACUCGACUUAGCGCAACAUCAGACCGUCCCCGAAGAAGCCAAGAAGUCGGCGCCCGGUAUCGCGUUGUUCACUUUUGACGGUCGGUCGACAAAGGAAGAGCAGGAGUUACGCCAAAAGCUUCGUGAUGGAAUCCGUCAAGCCGAGGAACUAUUAACGCCCAAGGAACGUGCUGAGGUGCUCGCCGAGUCGUGUGAGGUUUUCAAGCUGACGAGACGAUUGGUCGACGAGCUCGACGGGAUCUGUGGAACCGCACCGACGGUACUGGUGGCUACAAAACAGUAUACCGAAAGCGAAUCGCCGACCGUGCCAUCGGUUGAAGGUCAAACUUCGGGGAGAUCAUGGAUCAAGAGAUUGGAUAGGAAGAGGGUUGAGACCAUGGUGAAAGGGUUUGUUUGUGUGUCCUUCUUAGUGGGGUACCUGAUGUAUUUGAACAUUUCGUCCCCGUCAGCCGCUACUGAAGGACUGGAAGGGAAUGGGAACUAG